AUGAUCCAGCGCUGUGUUAUUGUCCAGCGUGAUGAUAAAGGCUAUGGAUUAACUGUCAGUGGAGAUAACCCUGUUUAUGUUCAGUCUGUCAAGGCAGAAGGGGCAGCAGCUAGAUGUGGAGUACAGGAAGGAGACAAGAUACUCAAGGUGAACGGUACUUUGGUAACCAAUAGAAACCAUAUAGAUGUUGUUAAACUUAUCAAAUGUAAGUCAAAAUAUUUUUGUUAA